AUGGCGGAGACGUUCGCGUUCAAUGCCGACAUCCAGCAGCUGAUGUCCCUCAUCAUCAACACCUUCUACUCCAACAAGGAGAUCUUCCUGCGAGAGCUCAUCUCGAACGCCUCGGACGCGUUGGACAAGAUCCGUUACGAGUCCAUUACAGACCCGGACAAGAUCGAGGCGCAGCCCAACUUCUUCAUCAAGAUCAUCCCCGACAAGACGAACUCCACCUUGACCAUUGAGGACUCGGGCAUCGGCAUGACCAAGAACGAGCUGAUCAAUAAUUUGGGCACCAUCGCCAAGAGUGGCACCAAGGCCUUCAUGGAGGCCAUGGCGGCAGGCGGAGAUAUCUCCAUGAUCGGCCAGUUCGGUGUUGGCUUCUACAGUGCCUAUCUGGUUUCGGACAAGGUGCGCGUCGUCAGCAAGCACAACGACGAUGAGCAGUACAUCUGGGAGAGUGGAGCCGGUGGAUCUUUCACCGUGCAGAAGGACACGGAGCUUGUCCAUGGAGAGAUCAAGCGCGGCACCAAGAUCAUCUGCUACCUCAAGGAGGAUCAGUCGGAGUUCUUGGAGGAGCGACGCCUCAAGGAUCUCGUCAAGAAGCACUCCGAGUUCAUCGGCUUCCCUAUCGAGUUGUACGUGGAGAAGUCCAAGGAGAAGGAGGUGACCGACUCCGAGGAAGAGGAGGAGGAGAAGAAGGAUGAAAAGGAAGGUGACGAGCCGAAGAUCGAGGAGGUUGAUGAAGAGAAAGAGAAGGAGGAGAAGAAGAAGAAGACCAAGAAGGUCAAGGAAGUCUCGCACGAGUGGGAGCAGCUCAACAAGAGCCCGGUCCAAUUCUGGGUUCGCUGGCAACACAUCGCUGACGUGACUAACGAGGAGUACGCCUCGUUCUACAAGUCCCUGUCCAAUGACUGGGAGGAUCACCUCGCGGUGAAGCACUUCAGCGUCGAGGGCCAGCUGGAGUUCCGGGCGCUGCUGUUUGUGCCGCGCCGGGCGCCAUUCGACCUCUUCGAGACCAAGAAGAAGAGGAACAACAUCAAGCUCUACGUGCGCAGGGUGUUCAUCAUGGACGACUGUGAGGAGCUCAUGCCCGAGUGGCUGAACUUCGUGAAGGGCGUGGUGGAUUCCGAGGACUUGCCUCUGAAUAUCUCCCGCGAGACGCUGCAGCAGAACAAGAUUCUGCGCGUCAUCAAGAAGAACCUUGUCAAGAAGUGCUUGGAGAUGUUUGCCGAGAUCGCAGAGAAGAAGGACGACUACAAGAAAUUCUACGAGCAGUUCGGCAAGUGCCUGAAGCUGGGCGUCCACGAGGACUCGACCAACCGCACCAAGGUGGCGGAGCUGCUGCGCUACCACACCUCCAAGUCGGGCGACGAGCAAAUCAGCCUGAAGGAGUACGUGGACCGCAUGAAGGAGGGCCAGAAUGACAUCUUCUACAUCACCGGUGAGAGCAUCGCAGCUGUCUCUUCUUCACCCUUUCUGGAGACCCUCCGCAAGAAGGGCAUCGAGGUGCUCUACAUGAUCGACCCCAUCGACGAGUACUCCGUGCAGCAGCUGAAGGAGUUCGAUGGGAAGAAGCUGAAGAGCACCACCAAGGAGGGCUUGGACAUCGAGGACGAGGAUGAGAAGAAGAAGCUGGAGGAGAUGAAGGCCGAGUUCGAGCCUCUCACGAAGCUCAUGAAGGAGGUGCUGGGCGACAAGGUGGAGAAGGUUAUCGUCAGCUCUAGGAUGGCCGACUCCCCUUGCGUGCUGACCACGUCUGAGUACGGCUGGUCUGCGAACAUGGAGCGCAUCAUGAAGGCGCAGGCCCUGCGCGACAAUUCCAUGACUUCCUACAUGGUCUCCAAGAAGACCAUGGAGGUGAACCCCAAGCACUCCAUCAUGGCCGAGCUGAAGAAAAAGGCGGCCGCUGACAAGUCCGACAAGACCGUCAAGGACCUCAUCUGGCUGUUGUUCGACACCUCGCUCCUCACCUCCGGCUUUAACCUGGACGAGCCCACCCAGUUUGCCGGCCGCAUCCACCGGAUGAUCAAGCUCGGCCUCAGCAUCGACGACGAUGACGAGGGUCUGGGUGAUGACGAUGACCUGCCCCCGCUUGAGGAAGUCGAGGGCGCAGCCGACGAGGCUUCCAAGAUGGAGGAGGUCGACUAA